GUAGGCGAGCCGCGAUCGGACGGUAGAGGGGGAGAAGAGCAGCUUGUGGCUCGGCUAAACCAAGCAUCUUCUCUUUUUUUUUUUUUACAAUUCAAAAAAACCCAACCUUUUCAUUUAUGUUUAAUUUUCUUCUCUCUCUAUCAUUUCAUUUUCCUUUCUCUCCCACUCUCCAAAACUGACUGCUCUCUUCUGUUCUUCUUCUUCUUCCUCUCUCUCUCUCUCUCUCUCCCAAAUAAUUCAAAAUACCUCUCGACAACGACGGGUGUGAGAAAUACGACGCCGGCGAUGAGGGCUACGGACAGGAAGAAGACGGCGGUGCUUGGCAACGCCGGUAGCGGUGCUUGAAGGAAGACGAAGUCGGCCGAGCAAGAAGGAAGACAUCGACGCCAGUAGCGCGAGGAAGACGACUACACCAGCUGCAAAGAGAAGAAAGUUUUUGAGGUAAGCAUCUUCCUUUCUCCUAAUUCAUUGACGGUGAAGGCGGAUCUUUGAGGUAGGUGUUUUGGAUCUGAGAUUCAUUAUUAGGGAUCUGGGAUUCUUGUCGGGGGAUUUGAGAUUCGAUUUGGGGGAUCUGGGAUUCUUUUGAUUUGGUGGAUUUGGAUUUCUUUCGAUUUGGGGGAUCUGGGAUUUUCUGUGGCUGGAUUACAUAUAUUUGAUUUAGGGUUUCAUAGAUUCGACUGGAUCUGAGUUUUUUUUUUGUUUCGUUUUUUGGAUCUGAGAUUCAUUGUUAGGGAUUUGGGAUUCUUGUCGGGGGAUUUGAGAUUCGAUUUGGGGGAUCUGGGAUUCUUUUGAUUUGGAGGAUUUGGAUUUCUUUCGAUUUGGGGGAUCUGGGAUUUUCUGUGGCUGGAUUACAUAUAUUUGAUUUAGGGUUUCAUAGAUUCGACUAGAUCUGAGUUUUUUUUUUUGCUUCGUUUUUUGGAUCUGAGAUUCAUUGUUAGGGAUCUGGGAUUCCUGUCGGGGGAUUUGAGAUUCGAUUUGGGGGAUCUGGGAUUCUUUUGAUUUGGGGGAUUUGGAUUUCUUUCGAUUUGGGGGAUCUGGGAUUUUCUGUGGCUGGAUUACAUAUAUUUGAUUUAGGGUUUCAUAGAUUCGACUAGAUCUGAGAUUUUUUUUUUUUUUGCUUCGUUUUUUGGAUCUGAGAUUCAUUGUUAGGGAUCUGGGAUUCUUGUCGGGGGAUUUGAGAUUCGAUUUGGGGGAUCUGGGAUUCUUUUGAUUUGGGGGAUUUGGAUUUCUUUCGAUUUUGGGGGAUCUGAGUUUUUUUUGUGGCUGGGAUUUCUUUUGAUUUGGAUUUCUUUUGAUUUGGGGGAUUCGUUUUUUGAUGUCGAUAUUGUUUGGGGUUUCUGGAUUUUGCUCGUUAAUUUGAUAUUUUUUUACCUGGAAAAUUGUUUAGCUGGCAUGGGAUACCAUUUAGUUUAAUGUGGAUAUUGUUUGGUGGUUGAUUGUCCGGAUAUUGGUUAUGUGAUGCAUAGAUAUUUGUAUGCUAGGUCUGGAUAUUUUUAUGCCCUGCAUGGAUAUUAGUUCAAUGAUAUUAGCUCUUUUCAGGAAUUGUUUCUAGAUUUUGCUCGUUAAUUUGAUAUUUUUUACCUGGAAAAUUGUUUAGCUGGCAUGGGAUACCAUUUAGUUUAAUGUGGAUAUUGUUUGGUGGUUGAUUGUCCGGAUAUUGGUUAUGUGAUGCAUAGAUAUUUGUAUGCUAGGUCUGGAUAUUUUUAUGUCAUGUAUGGAUAUUAGUUCAAUGAUAUUAGCUCUUUUCAGGAAUUGUUUCUGGAUUUUGCUCGUUAAUUUGAUAUUUUUUUACCUCGAAAAUUGUUUAGCUGGCAUGGGAUACCAUUUAGUUUAAUGUGGAUAUUGUAUGGUGGUUGAUUGUCAGGAUAUUGGUUAUGUGAUGCAUAGAUAUUUGUAUGCUAGGUCUGGAUAUUUUUAUGCCUUGUAUGGAUAUUAGUUCAAUGAUAUUAGCUAUUUUCAGAAAUUGUGCAAGAUGACAAAAUCCAAAAGGUGUUCGAUGCCAGCUCCUCCAAGAGAAGGGGAGGCGGAGACACAUCACUGGCUCAAUCCAGACGCAUCAUGCUGGGAAAACAAAGAUUUUGACAAUCUUGACCUAAAUCAGCUUGCGGCAAUGGACUCAAUGGUUGAGAGCAUGAUCCAAAUGUGGAGGGCUCGGGACGACGCGCUCAAAAAAAUUAUCAAGCGUCAGCAAGACAAAAGUUGAACUAUUGCUUUCUCAUUUCUUAUAUGGUUGUGCUUUUUCGAAUUUGAAAUUCUUGGAUUGCCAAGUUGUAAUGACAUUAAAUACUAGUUUUAUCG